UUUCCGGGAUUCAAGUUCUGUUUGACCUCCAUUUCAAAACCUCCACCAUCCAAAAACCCCCCACAACAUCAAAAAUAUCAAACAUUUGUUUUUCUUUUCCAUCACUUUGAAAUCCCUCACAACAUGCACCCCACGUUCCACCAACGCCCACAUCAAAGAAAGGAAAACUAAUCCCCCCCAAAACCCAAAGAACAUACAUCUUUCCCCGAUUUCUGAAAAAACAAACGAGAUAAUGAUCGUCAACAACCACACCCACAACAACAAGAAAAAGGGUCGUUGUUGUUCUUGAACAGUUGGAAACCUCUCAUUCUUUUUACGCUCUUUCUCUCUCUCUCUCUACCUUGUCCUGCAAGUAAAACAAUAAAGAAAGUUGCAGCUAGCCGACAAGAUUGAUCCCUCUCCAUCAACCCCUGGCAAUAGGUUGAACAGCAGCGCUCAUGCCUUGUUCUCCCUUGUCCAUUCUAUAAAGGUCUUUCUCAAAAAGCUGAAAAUGGUUCGGGCUCUCGAAGACGAAGAAGAGACUUACAAGAAAAGGUUGCACCAUCUCAGGGAGAUUCAUGGGACCGCAGGCAGGCAUGCCAAGAGCUUGAGCAUUGAGACUUCAACAGCAUUAGAUUUUGAGGAUGAAGAUAGUGGGGAUGGAAGUCAGACGCCUACUGAGCCCGAUGCUAAAGGCCUCAAGCCAAGGCUGAGCACGGAGGAAGCCGCCACCGCUGCCAUAGAAGCCCAAGAAAAGCAGAAGCAAUCUGAUAUGGAACAGAUGAGGGAGAGGUUUGCUAAAUUGCUUUUGGGUGAAGAUAUGUCUGGCGGAGGAAAGGGCGUUUCUUCAGCUUUGGCAUUGUCCAAUGCCAUCACAAACCUCGCCGCUUCUGUUUUUGGAGAGCAAACUCGCCUAGAGCCCAUGUCUGCGGAUAGGAAAGCAAGAUGGAGAAAAGAAAUAGAUUGGUUGUUAAGUGUUACCGAUUACAUUGUUGAGUUUGUUGCUUCACAACAGAAGAACAAGGAUGGAUCCAAUAUGGAGAUAAUGGUGACCCGGCAACGGACAGAUCUUCUCAUGAACAUUCCUGCCCUGAAAAAGCUUGAUGCAAUGCUUAUUGACUGUCUAGAUAACUUCAGAGGCGAUCAGGAGUUCUAUUAUGUAUCCAAAGAUGCUGAUGAGAAGGAGAAAGGGAAUGCAAAGAGAAAAGAUGACAAAUGGUGGCUACCUACUCCUAAAGUUCCACCAGAUGGCUUAUCAGAAGCGGCAAGAAAAUUCUUGCAGUAUCAAAAAGAUUGUGUCAACCAAGUGCUUAAAGCAGCCAUGGCCAUAAAUGCUCAAGUUUUAACAGAAAUGGAGAUUCCCGAAAACUACAUUGAAUCCCUUCCCAAGAAUGGGAGGGCAAGUCUUGGUGACCAAAUCUAUAGGAGUAUUACAGUCGAAUUCUUUGAUCCGGACCAAUUUCUUUGUGCCAUGGACUUAUCGUCUGACCACAAAAUUCUAGACCUCAAAAACAAAAUGGAGGCUUCCAUGGUGAUAUGGAAGAGAAAGAUGAACCAAAAAGAUGGGAAAUCUGGCUGGGGAUCAGCUGUGAGUUUGGAAAAGAGAGAGCUCUUUGAAGAGAGAGCAGAGACCAUCUUACUCCUUCUCAAGCAGAGGUUCCCUGGAAUCCCUCAAUCUUCAUUGGACAUAAGUAAAAUUCAAUACAACGCGGAUGUGGGGCAGGCUAUUCUCGAAAGCUAUUCAAGAAUACUAGAGAGCUUGGCCUUCACUGUGUUGUCUCGAAUUGAAGAUGUACUCUAUGCAGAUUACGCUGUGCAUAAUCCAUUACAAGCAGUAAGUAAAAGGCACAAUUUCAUAGAAAAAACUACAUCAUCACCUACAACUUCUCCAGAUAGGAGCAUGCUAAAAGAAGAUAAUGGGGGAACAGAGACACCCACUUCGAUGACAUUGUCGGAUUUCAUGGGUUGGGGCUGUGAUCAAGGUGACAGCGAGGCAAAGAAGGAACAAGAGGCUGCAGCAGAAGACGGUGAGGUCAAGCAUCCACAUAUACAGAAAUUAGCCAACAUUGUGACCAACAAGAAGAUUUCAUAUCUAGAGACUCUGGGUGGAAUGAGAAGUCCAACAGCACGCCACUAACAGCAUUUAUAGGGAUUAAUGAAAGGAGAAAGAACCAAAAACAACAGAGAGUGAACGACAGAUAUCGAAACAUAGAAGAGCUAAAAUUCUUGGCCUUCUGAAAUCCUGUAUGUUCAUUCUUUGAGCUGUGAUUACUUACUUCCAUUCUAUUCAUUCCUUUUGUAAUUAGGGAAAAAUGAGAUAAUCCAAUGGGGGUGUAUAUCAAGCAUUUUGCAUAUGAUUUAAUCUGUAGAGACAUGGCUUUGUAGUCUGAAUGAAUUAUAGUUUUGAAGACUUCUCUUUGACA